CUUCCCCAUCUCCGGAUAAAAGAUAAGGAGUGUCUCUCCUUUGCCAUCCUCCUCUCUUUCAGCUAAGUCCCUGCCCCCUCUCUUUUUCUUACAUUCAGGUCCUCGCAGCUCCUCUCUUUUUUCUUGUUUCUUUCGAUCUGCGAGCCGUCCAAGUCCAGUACUCUUCUUUCCCUCAAGGAACUCUUGCAGCCGGCCCCUCUGGUUUCCUCGAAUUCUUGUUCCCCGGUCCCUCCUCCUGUCCCCGCGUAGAUCCGUCCGUCCGAGGAGCACACCGUCCCCACCCCCAUGUUUACCCACCAGUUCCUCUGACGGCCGCCGUGCUCCGAUGAAGCUGAGCGUGCUCCGUAUCCGCCGCUCCCACUCCUUCUCCGUCGCCUUCCUCUACUGGUUCUACGUCUUCUCAUGAACGCAUCGCCCCUCUCCAACUGCUGAUCCUUCGCCGUCUCUCCCUCUCUCUUUCUCUCUGAGAUAGUCUUUCGAAUCCAUCUCUAGGGCUCCUGUUUCUCCCCAUCCUCCCCCCACCCCACCCCCCACCAAACAGAUUCAAUCCGACAAGACAAGCAUCCAUGUCGUCGUCACGCCGGAGCUCGAGCCCCGACAGCAACGACACGACGGACGAGCGCAAGCGGAAGCGGAUGCUGUCCAACAGGGAGUCGGCGCGGCGGUCGCGCGCGCGGAAGCAGCAGCGGCUGGAGGAGCUGGUGGCGGAGGUGGCCCGCCUGCAGGCGGAGAACGCGGCGACGCAGGCCCGCACCGCGGCGCUGGAGCGCGACCUGGGCAGGGUGGACGGCGACAACGCGGUGCUGCGCGCCCGCCACGCCGAGCUGGCCGGCCGCCUGCAGUCGCUGGGCGGCGUCCUCGAGGUGCUCCAGAUGGCCGGCGCCGCCGUCGACAUCCCGGAGAUGGUCACCGACGACCCCAUGCUCCGCCCCUGGCAGCCGUCCUUCCCCCCGAUGCAGCCCAUCGGGUUCUGAGAAUCUGAGCCUCAGCCGGCGGGAGAGAGCCAAUUUCUGUCGUCGUGCCGCUGUCUAUCUCGUAUUGGUAUAUCUAUUCAUAAAUCAUCCUUGUCAUGGUUUGCUCUUCUUGUCAGUGUUAUAAAUUUGCUUCUUGUUAGUGUUAUAAAUUUGGCCAUCGGAAAGGAUGUGUUUGUAGUUGUAAUAUCUUGUUUGGAGUUGUAAUAUCUUAUCUUGCUUAUGAAAUCGAAUAUGCCUAUAUAUAUAUA